AUGUCUUUAACACUUGAAAAUCUUCCACCAGAAUUAUUUCGAUAUAUUCUUACUUAUCUCUCUCCAGAAGAAACAUCUGCUCUAGCACAAACAAGUCAUCAAAUGAACAGAGUUACUCGUGAUGAUAAAAUAUGGCAGCAAUAUUUUUUAACAAGGUAUACAUAUACAGUUUGUAAACCACAAUAUUCUAAUGAAGAAUAUCUAUCUGAUUCUGUUCUGAAAUUAACUAAACCUCCUAAUGAUUGUACAUGGCAAGAGUAUUUUAUACAAAGAUCAUUUCAAGAUCAACACAUCCGAUCGCUUCUAAAUGAAAUCAUGUCAAAACGAAAAAAUCGAAUUCAUAAUGCUAAACUUAUCGUUUCAACAUAUGGUCUUCUAGCUAUAGAUAUUCUCAAACGUUAUCUUCCAUCAUUUAGAAAUACAUCAACAUCAUUAUCACUUGAUUCACGUAAUCUAACUCGAGAAUAUUAUUCAUUGGAGUUAACUCGACUGAUAUCUCGAGAAAUCGGAUUACAGCUUCUUGAUGAGAUGGCGAAUCGAACAGAUAUGCAUACAGAAGGAAAAGCAUUAAUUAAUGGUUUAUUUGUUGUUCAAUGUUUUCAUCCAUAUGGUAUUUUUCUUUCAUUAAAACGUCUUCAUUCAAUUGGUAAACGUCUUGUUGAUGAUCCUGCAUUUCCAAGUCUUACUGUAAAUGAAAAAUGUCAAUUAAUUUUAUCAACAAUGAAAGCUGAAAAUUUUUGUGCUGCAAAUAACGGUGAAGGAUAUUAUAAUUUAGAAAAUUCUUUUCUUUUCUCAACAUUCAACGGUAAACCAACAAUUCCUUUAACACUUGUUUCAAUCUUUUGUGCAUUGGCUGAAGAAUGUGGUUUAAUAGCUCGACCACUUAGUUUUCCCGGUGAAGUUAUGGCACAAGUAGAUCAAUCAUCAAUUUCACAAAAUACUUCUGAAAAUUUAUCACCAUUGAUAAUUAGCGUUUUUGAUAGUAAAAUUCUAUCUCUGGAUGAAAUGAAUGAUCGCUUAGUUAAUAUUCUUGAUAGACCUUUAACUCAUCCAUUACCUAUCACACCAAUUACUGAAUUUGUUAUUCGAUCUGCUCGAAAUAUGGUUAAUAGUAUUACACAAGGCUCAACAUCAUUAUUAAAUUCAUAUGGCUUAUAUGCUGCCUUAGCAGUACUUAAAAUUUUAGGAGAUGGUCCACUGCCAUUUACUUCUAAUUCGAUGCUGAAUGUUUUAAAAGAACAUUUUCCUAUGGAUUUACAUUUUUUUCAAAGACUUUACUCUAACCUAACAAUCAUGAAUGAAAGUCUUCAACAAAUACAAGAUCAAGAUUUAAAUCCUUUACCAAUCGAAGAAAAACGACGAAAUAAUGAAUCUUGUCCAAAAUUUUAUAUUGGGCAAAUUUUUCAACAUUUAUUAUAUAAUUAUUGGGGUGUUAUUUGUGGAUGGGAUUUAACAUGUAUGGCUUCAUCAUUAUGGCAAACCAAUAUGGGUAUAUCAAAUUUAACACGUGGAGCAACACAACCAUUUUAUCAUAUUUUAGCAGAUGAUUUUUCUCAACGAUAUGUAGCUGAAGAUAAUAUCGAUACAUUAGCAUUUGCUUCCAUAGAGAAUGAAGAACAAAAGAAUUUAAUUGUACAAAAAUUAUGUUCAGCAGAUGAAAUUGGUAAACAAUUUGAACGUAUAGAUAUGAUAAAGGGAACAUUUAUUCCUAAUAUUGAACUUAGAAAUGAAUAUCCGGAUAAUUUUGUUUGA